AAGUCACACGCUUUCAUUUUUUCCCAUUCAUUCCCUCUCUCUCUCUCUGUCUCUCUCUCUUAGUAGAGUACUAGUAAUCUUUCAUUGGAUUAUAAACAAAACAGAGGAGAGAGGAGAGCAGUUUCUAGUAGGCACCUACUGCUGCUGCUGCUGCUACUGUUGUUGUCGCUGGUUAAACAUUUGCAGUAAUUGGUUUUGGUUUUUAAUAUUUGAAUUGAAAGCGGUAAUGAAAAAGCUUAAUGACCACCUGGAAUUGAAUUAAUUAACCAACUCAGAUAUCUGGGGAACCACCAAACAGUAGGUGUUUGGGUUUGGCGUAGACUUGAAGUUGAGGUUUUGAAGCCCGAACGACACGGUUCAAAAAUCAGCGUCUUCGCUUUCUAAAUCACGGCUUUGGAUUGUGGUACAACGAGAUACCGUUUUCUAUUUAUUUCCUCUUGUUCUUUAGGGUUCAACUAUCAUGAAAUCAAGGUCUAUAUGAGUGGUCACGUCCCGUAAAUGAGCGGAAAUGAAGAAAUGGUAUGGUGGUGUUUUGACCACAUCUUUCUUGAUGUUACUUGUUCUUGGAUAUUAUAUAAUUAAAAAUCCCAUCAACGAGAACUACUUCACGAGUCCUCUGAACUUCAAUGGGACAAAUCCUCUGGAGUGGAUAAACGCGGGUGCUCCACCUGCACUUUCCAAUCCACAAAUUACACAUCAAGUGGUUUCUGCUGAAGCUAUUGUAGCUGAGUUCUUUACUCAAAGGAACUUGUCAAAAGAAGAACAAAGUUCUUUGCAGACAUGGAACCGUUUGAAACACUUGGUUACACAUGCUCAGGGAUUACCUAAUGCUGUUGAAGCCAUUAAGGAAGCUGGUGCUGCAUGGAAAAAUCUGAUUACCUCUAUUGAAGAAGAAAAACUUCAAAGUAAUGGAAGUUUACCAAAGCCUUCUUGGUGAUUUCCGAGUUGACUUGACUGGUGAACCACUUCCAGGGGAGCCAGAUCCUCCUAUUAUUUUGCACUAUAAUGUUAGACUCCACGGUGAUAAAAUAACUGAGGAUCCUGUAAUUGUUCAAAACACCUGGACUAUUGCCCAUGACUGGGGUGAAGAGGAGCGCUGUCCAUCUCCUGACAGGGAAAAAAUUAAAAAAGUGGAUGAGCUGGACCAGUGCAAUGAGCUGGUGGGUAAAGAGAAUAACCAGAUGAUCAAAGCUUACCGACAUGCUAAUGGAUCAAGAAAGAUUUCUAUGGUGCAUGAUGGGAAACCAAGAAAGUACUUUCCUUUCAAGCAAAAUGACUUAUUUGUUGCCACACUCAGAGUUGGUUCAGAAGGGAUUCAAAUGACAGUGGAUGGAAAGCACAUAACUUCAUUUGCUUUCCGUGAAGCUUUGGAGCCAUGGCUUGUUAGUGAAGUGAGAAUUUCUGGAGAUAUAAAUUUAAUAUCUGUUGUGGCCAGUGGCUUACCGACAUCAGAGGACUUAGAACACAUAAUUGACUUGGAAGCUCUUAAAGCUGUUCAAUUACCUCAUCAAAGACAGCUGAACCUCUUCAUUGGUAUUUUCUCCACCGCCAACAAUUUCAAGCGUAGAAUGGCAGUUCGAAGAUCCUGGAUGCAGUAUCCUGAAGUACGGUCAGGACAGGUUGCAGUUCGUUUCUUCGUUGGUCUGCAUAAAAACCAGAUGGUGAAUGAGGAGCUCUGGAAUGAGGCACGGACUUAUGGAGACAUCCAGUUGAUGCCUUUUGUUGACUAUUACAGUCUCAUCACAUGGAAGACCAUAGCCAUCUGCAUCUUUGGGACUGAGGUUGUAUCAGCUAAGUUUAUCAUGAAGACGGAUGACGACGCAUUUGUUCGUGUAGAUGAAAUUUUGAAUUCUUUAAGGAGAACCAAUGUGACUCAUGGUUUGCUCUACGGCCUCAUCAAUUCAGACUCACAGCCUCAUCGGAGUCCAGACAGCAAGUGGUAUAUUAGUCCUGAGGAAUGGCCUGAUGACAAAUAUCCACCUUGGGCACAUGGUCCUGGUUAUGUCGUCUCAAGUGAUAUAGCAAGGACAAUUUCCAAGAAACACAGAAAGGGACACCUAAAGAUAUUCAAACUAGAAGAUGUUGCCAUGGGAAUCUGGAUUGCGGAUAUGCAGAAGAAGGGACUGGAAGUCAGAUAUGAGAAGGACGAGAGGAUUUUUAAUGAUGGUUGUAAGGAUGGUUAUGUUGUUGCCCAUUACCAAGGCCCCAGAGAGCUCCUUUGCUUGUGGCAAAAGAUUCAAGAGACAAAACGUGCUUUUUGCUGUGGCGAGUAACUAUCUUGUUUAACAUGCAAAAUGGUUCGAUCAUAUACUGAAACUAGUUGGCUCCAAGGACAACUACUUGUGAUAGUAUCUAGAGGAGAAUAAUGAUGGAGGUGGGUUUCAGUCUUGACAGGAAAGUAUCGGUUCCACGCAAUGGAAGAGUUAACAUAGUUGUAGAAGUAGGAGAUAUUAUGCAUAUGGUUAGAGCAUAGAAUUUACUAAUGCGUAUUACUUUGCCGUUCCAUUUUUGUCGCAACAAUGAGGGAGUUGUAUCAUAUGUAUAGAGAGGUAAAGAGAUGCGAGUGAAGUGUGGCUUUAUGUGGAUCAGUAGAGAUUAACCAAGAGCAAUUGGUUAUGUGAUAUUGUUGUGUAGAUAAAGAAAUCAUAAUUGUUUUCAGUAUUCAUCUAUUCUUGCUUAAUCUUGUUUGACGUCAAA